AUGAACGAUCUCCCCGAUGAGAUCGUCCACAUUACCCAGGGAUACAUCUCCCUUUCGACAUUUCUUACACGACUGGCACAAUCCACGCACAACAACCUCGAAGAUCAGAUCACCAAAAUGGCCAAGAUGCCCCUUCCUGUAGCCGCCAUGAAUGGGAACUCUUCAAUACCGAACAACGACAUUGACGACGCAUCGAACGAAAACAUUAUCAAAAAGAAGUCGAUCUUGGACUUUGCAUACAAGGAGCAUCAAAGAUGGGUCAAGGCCCUUGUCAUCACGGAAUGGAGCCGCAAGGCAGAGAUGGUCAGCAAACUGAUCGACUUGAGAGCCCACAUCAUGAAGCAGCAGGUCCUCACCGACACGGCCUUUGACACUAUGGUUAAUGUCAAGAGAGACUUGACAUUUGCGAGAAUGCCAAGCCCUGAUUUGAAAACAGCCCUUCAGGUCCUGUCAACAGGGAAGGCUGCUUGGAUGCCUGAUCUUCAAUACAUUGAACCACCGCCUUUGACCUUGCAGGAGCAGUCCCAGUGGAUGAGUGAUGUCAACACCCUGCUUUCACUUAGGCUGAACCUGGAAGACUUUGACAAGAUCCCGUACCACUUCAGAAACUACGAUAUCAAGUCAGGACGAGUCACCUUUAAAGUUCCUGGCGAAUUCGAGGUCGAUCUCACAAUCGCGGAUGAGGAUUUCGAGAAGCAGUUUUGGUUCAUCGACCUGAGAUUCACCUUCAAGCCAUCGGCAGCAGCGAUUCCCGAAUCCCUCAAGGACUACUUGGAGCGGCAUGUGAACGGAGUUCUCAGCACAGAGGGGUUGCUAGGCUGCUACCAGUUCUUGCAUGAGAUGGUGCUCACCCACAAGCUCAACGAACUGCGACGUCAAGCCAACCAACUGAGCAAAGGCUCCUGGACCGGCACUCUCAAGGUUGAGCCGCUUAACCGAGCAUUGGCAAUUCAGUACUGGACGUCUCGAGCACCGCCAACAAGCCCCAAGAGCUGGGUGCUGGUUGCUGUCAACAGUGGCCGAAAGGCAAAUGGCGAGGCAAACGCCAAGUCAUCGAGUUUCCUGCAAGCAAAGUGGUACCGAGACAACAAAGAAGUCAAGGAUGUGGAAGUGCCUUUUGAUGCCAACAUCCUGUCGGCGGAGGCCCUUUUGAAGACAGUUAUCGGCCUUCACAUCGAUUUCCUCCUCAGCAGCAUCCACGACAAGCUCAUGGCGACGCCUCGUUUCCGUAAUCGCGAAGCUGCUAUGGUUCUGCGCAGCUGUCAGGAAGAUCCAGCUGCAUCCUCCCUGUCCAUGCAGGUUGGAUACAAGGAUAGUAUCUCACUACUGAUCGAACCGACGACUGGUGUCUUUGCAGUCAAGCCACAUUCAAAGUUCAUCUAUCAGCACGAGCUUCAACUCAACAACGGGAAGAGUCCUGCAGACGAUGGCGUGGUAUGCCUGGAAAACGUGAGAUGCGCCAUCAUGGAAGAAGAGCUCAACCGCCGAGGAAGCACAAUGGGAUGGAGCGUUCAGAAGAGCCCACUCAACAACGAGGAGUUGAGGUCUGCUACCAAGAACCGCGAAUGGACAAAGACCAUCUGGCUCCAGAGAGCUGGAUGGAGACCUACAUGGUUCAUCAUGGUCGUGCUGAGUCUAAGCGGUGAUGAAUGGUGGCUGCUUGAAGUGGACCGCAAUACUCCUGGGCCAGUGGUGAAACUAACAGCAAAGCUUCCGUUCAACAAGGGCUAUCCUAGCCUUCACAACACUUUCUGGAAUAACAUGACGGUGUUUGCUACGGGUAUGAUCGCCCAGGCAAUAGACAUGCGCGAGCUCCACAAGCAACAGAUCAAGUUCAAGCCCAACGAGACAAAGAGCUGGUCUCUCCCGCGACAAGUUCGGCUUCCCUCGAUCGAGAUUGCCCUCUCGGGCAUUUUCCCCUCGAUGGUGUUUGACAGCUCCGAGAAGGAGAGCAGCAAAGCCUCGAGCAACAGAGACUUGGAGCAACUAGGACUCGCCUCGAUUACACAACCUGCGACUGGACUGAAGCUCUCAACGAUAGAACCGUGGGCGAAUGACAUUGUGUCGAUCAGUUUCAAGGGGGCGCAGCUCCCCGAGGCGGAACCCGCAGCUUCAGAGGGUGCCAACCCCCAGGAUGUCAAAUCAGAUACACCCUUGGUGUGUAUAUCGGACGCCAUCAUCAAGGUCCGCAGACCAGCCAAGUUCACCUCGAUCAAGGGUGCCCUGGUUGGUCAAGAUGUCUCGUACAACCUUCUCAAGGGCGAAUUUCGUCUGCGGAUGCGCCACAGUCUUGGGCAGUCAAUACUGGAGAGUUUGAAGUCGCGAGUCAAAGCAGUCGAUCGCUUUGUCAGCUUCGUCGAGUCUAUGGAUAAGGCUAAGGGGUCUAUCCAGAGCGAAACAGUGAGCCUUCAAGAAGUCGUCUUCUCUUACAGGGAUCAAAGCAAUGACUCGCCCAAUGACACUACGGCGACAGGACGCAGAUGGAGGGUGGCACUUAACCUGUCCAAGGAUGUUAUCGACAUCAAGAUGGAGAAGGGCAACCCUCAUCUUCGAGUGGUCGAUCUGAUGCAGAACCUCGUUAACAGCGACGGCGGAAUCGAGGCUCUCAUGGCCUGGCUACCCACAUCCCUACCAGCCCUAGAGGCGAUUCAGAAGACGGAAGAACUCUGGGCAGAUAUUAAGGCGCGGAACCAGGGACAAUUCCAGUUCUCGAUGAACUCGCUCGAGUGGAUGACACUUGAUUACUUUAUCUCUGGGCCGGGACAAAUGCAACGCCGAGUUGCAUUCGAGGGCCGGAUCAAGAGCCGUCGAGGCGAGCCUUGGUGGCACAUAUGGCGUGUGCCCGUGGCCAACGACACAUCAGUGCCCAAUGAUGAUCUCACCGCGGCUCUCAAGCACGUGUGGGAGGGCAAAGGCGAUGACUGGACCGGUCUGGUGACGAGCGCGGUAGGCGGACCGAGCAGGGGCGUCGUGGGCAUCUUGAAAGCCAUCGACGACGCCAUCCGGCCGAUGAUAGGCCAGGGCAACUCGGAGGUGGUUGUCCUGGAGUAG